UCACUCUGUUUGUCUUUCACGUCAUCAGAUAUGUCGCAAGCCACUCGUCCACCAGUCGCUGCCGCUUCGUUGCCGUCGCUCGGCGAGCGACUCCUUCUCUCGCCGCCGCCGCAUGACACCAAAUAUGUCGUCGUGACUGGAGGAGUGCUUUCGGGCGUUGGCAAGGGUGUUCUUGCUUCAUCCACGGGAGUCAUUCUCAAGUCUCGUGGUAUCAACAUCACCCACGUCAAGAUCGACCCCUACAUCAACAUUGAUGCCGGCUGCAUGUCGCCGUACGAACACGGCGAAGUGUUUGUCCUUGACGAUGGAGGAGAGGUCGAUCUGGAUCUGGGCAACUACGAGCGGUUCGGUGACAUCACCCUCACCUCGGACCACAACAUCACCACCGGCAAGAUGUAUAUGGAAGUCAUCCAGGCCGAGCGCCGCGGCGCGUACCUGGGCAAGACUGUCCAGGUUGUGCCACAUGUGUGUAACGCGGUGAAGGACUGGAUCAACCGCGUGGCGCGGAUGCCUGUCAGUCGCUUUGGCGGCAUCCCGCAGGUCUGCAUCAUCGAACUCGGCGGAACGAUCGGCGACAUCGAGUCGAUGCCGUUCAUUGAGGCUAUGCGCCAGAUGCAGUACGAGACGCCCGCCGAAGACUUUGCCCUCAUCCACGUCUCGCUCGUCCCCACCAUUGGCUCCGAGGCCAAGACCAAGCCGACCCAGCACUCUGUCAAGACCCUGCGCGGACUCGGCCUCUCGCCCAACGUCAUCGUCUGCCGGUCGCAGGACCCGCUGCCCGAGUCGGUCCGCGCCAAGAUUGCGCUCAAUGGUCACGUCCAGCUCCCGCAGGUGCUUUCGGUCUACAACCUGGCCAACGUCUUCCACGUCCCGUGCCUGCUCGAGGACAACGGGCUGACCGACUACCUCAUGUCGCACCUCCAGCUGGUGCCGGACGAGGAGCUCGUCAGCGCGUACUCGCUCAGCAACUGGCGCCUGAUGGCCACCGCCAUCGACAAGACCACCACCCCGGUCUCCAUCGCCCUCGUCGGCAAGUACCUCGACUCGGCGUCGGACACGUACCACUCGCUCAUCAAGGCGCUCAACCACGCGGCAUACGCCGCCCAUCGCAAGCUCAACCUCGUUCUCGUCGAGGCCCCCUCACUCGAGAAAGCCAUGCUCGACUCGGACGCUCCCGAGUACCACGCGACCUGGGCCAAGCUCUGCUCUGCCGACGGUGUCAUUGUGCCCGGAGGCUUUGGCGAGCGCGGCUUUGAGGGCAAGAUGGCCGCCGCAAAGUGGUGCCGCGAGCACAAGAUCCCGUUCCUCGGCAUCUGCCUUGGCCUCCAGGUUGCCGUCAUCGAGUACGCCCGCUCCGUCCUCCGCAUCAUCGACGCUGCGUCGGAGGAGAUGGAUUCCGACGCUGCCGAGCCCGUCAUCCUCAACAUGCCCGAGGUCUCCACCACCCAACUCGGCGGCACCAUGCGCCUCGGCUCGCGCCCGACCGACAUUGCCCACAACACCCUCGCUCACAAGCUUUACGGCACCGACAUCGUUUACGAGCGCCACCGCCACCGCUACGAGGUCAACCCCGAGUACAUCGACCGCCUCGAGGCCAAGGGCGAGCUGGUCUUUUCCGGCAAGGGCGACGAGAACCGCCGCAUGGAAAUCGUCGAGCUCAAGAGCCAUCCCUUCUACUUUGCCACCCAGUUCCAUCCCGAGUACACCACUCGCCCGCUCGUGCCGUCACCGCCCUUCCUCGGCCUCCUCCUCGCGGCCUCGUCUCAGCUCGACCACUACCUCGCCACCGGCUGCAUCGAGGACCCGCACGCUUCGCGCGCUCGCGCAAAGACCCCCAGGAACGUUGUGCCCGAGUGGUCCACCCCGCCUCCCACCCCACGCACCUCCGCCACCCAAUCCACCCCGGAGCCGACCGCCGCCGCCGCUUCGUCAUCGGCCGCGCCCUCGGCCACUCGUGCUUCGUGAGCGCACCCCGUCUCGCCAACACGGGCGCGGAGCCGCGGCGCCCCCAGCACGCCGCCUCCUCGUGCCGUCUUGCUCGUUGAUCGACAUCAAAGAAAGGGAAUAGCAGCUACUGGCCUUCACCCGCAUGCGCACGCCUCCGCCCGCCCGCUUGCUACAGCUCGGUCGCCAGCCGCUCCAGCCGCUCGCUCCACGCAAGAUCCAGCAGAACUCCCAACUCGUCGACGUCGACCGUCUGCGGCGCGUACUUUUCCGUCGACGUGGCAUCAAACAGAAAGUAGUGCCGCCCACCCACGGCCGUCGCCGUGUGGUAGUGGCAGAGGCACAUGUCACCCGCUGCAAUGUUCUCUACAAGCGCCACCUUUUGCGACGGCGGCGUAAAGACAAGAUUGACCAUGCCGGCGCCCGAGGUGCCAAACACCAUUCCGGCCCGCGAAAACAGCGAGAUCGUAUCCUCGAGUGUCAGUGGCUCCGAAUCGUCAAACACCACCAGCUGCGA